CGAUCGUUUGCAGUACUGCAGAAACCUGCGAUUUCUCUAGACAGUUUCUGGUGAUCAACACGAAGAUCAUGUCCAUUUAUUACCAGAUAAAAGAAAGAGCAGGUUAUUACUGUAGACAAUUUCUGGUGAUCAACACGAUCAAACCCAUUUACUACCGGAUAAAAGUUCUGGAAUGGGCAGACAAACUAGUGGAGUUCAGUACCAUGUUUGUGUUGAUGACAUACUUGACAGAAAUGUGGAAGCUUGACAUUACGCAUGCAGCAGCGAUCGUAAAUUUGUUUGCCGGUGCAGCCACCAUACUGCCUAUAGGGAUGGCGUUUCUUGUAGAUGCUUUUGUGGGUGAUUAUUACUGUCUCCUGGUAUCCAGCCUUGCUUUCAGCUUUGGGAUGGCCAUCAUGACAGUAUCAACAUUAACCAUUAAUGGUGAUACCCAGAAGUUUCACAUGUUCUACAUAGCAUUAACCCUCAACGCCAUUGGGGUAUCUGGUCAUAGGGUAUCCGUGGCUUCUUUCCUGGAGAGACAAGUUCAAAUCGACACACAAAGUAACCAAGAUGAUAUAGAGAGGAAAAGGCCACGGAAACUGAUCGAAAGGUUCUUGAAAGGUGACAUCAUGGUGGUUCUUCUUCUCUACGUUGCCGUUGUUGCAUUUUCAUAUGCACCAUGGUGUGUCCGAUUUGGAAUACCGACAGCGGGGAUGAUGGUGGCAACUCUUUUGUUUGUGAGUGGCUCAUGUUCAUAUAAUAAACAUGCUAAACCGCAGCGAAGGAGUCCUCUCACUACUGUUUGUAGAGUCUUGGCAGCCUCUCUUUACAAGAGAUCUUGUCACAGCCCCUGGGAUGCUAAUAAACUCUACGAAAAUCAACUCAGUGCUCACUUUGUCCCCCAUACUCAGGGCCUUAGAUUCCUUGACAAGGCUGCCAUUAUAGUCACAACUCAAACUACUCCAGACCAACAAGAACAAAACGGGUGGAAACUGUGCAGGGUAACAGAAGUAGAGGAAGUAAAGCUCUUAAUCCGAAUGAUACCUCUGUGGAUGACCUUUAUCAUGAGUGGCGUCGUGAGAUCCAUAGGAGACACUUAUUUUGCAGAACAAGCAAAUAAUAUGGAUGACAAGAUUGGAAAACUUACUGUCCCAGGUCUAUUUAUAUUACAGGCCUUUUAUCAAGUUUCAAAAUUAGUAUUCACUGAACUAUCUUCCAAAGUAGCUAAUAAGUUGUCUCAGAAGAGUUCAGGCAGAUGUGUAGGCCCCAUUGGAGUCAUAUUAGCAAUGGUAUUUUCUAUUCUAUGUUGUGUCAUUGCUGCAAAAGUGGAGACAGGGAGGCUAAACGUGACAAAGAGUGUUGGUUUAGUUGAGAAACCUAGUGAGAUAAUCCCAAUGAGCAUCUUCUGGCUUCUUCCACAGUUUUUCCUCCUAGCUGCUGUUGAUGGAACAUCUGAGUACCUUUGUGAUGACCUUGAUGAAGUCUCUGGUUACGGCAUUGCUUGCUUCUAUAGAGGUCAAGAAGUUCCAACCUCCACAAUCCGCUACUUGAGACUUUUCACCAAUGCUGUAUGUGGAGUAGGAAUUGUGGGUAGUGUCGUUUUACCUUAUGAGGUUAGUUUGUUCACCAAAAUGGGAGGGAGACCAAGUUGGUUUCAAGACACACUAAAUAGAAGUCGUCUAGAUAAGUACUACUGGACAGUGGCAGUGUUGAGUUUCAUAAAUCUUGUCUUUUGCAUCUUGGUGGCAAUUUGGUACACCCGUCAACAUGUAAAAAUCCCAAGGAAAGUGGCAUCGGGCCACACCUCGACACUGCCCUUGACAAACCAUGACAUACUUUUGACACUCAGCAACGAGGCUACUGGCAUACCUCAACAGGCAUGCCAUUUAGCGCACGGCUCUAGCUCAUUCCUUGCAAGCGACGCUAGUGGCAUAUCCACCAGACAUGUCAUCCAGCACACAGCACCAGCCCGUGCCUUACAGCAUCAAUCCCCAAGCCACCUAUCUGGACCAUGCGAAGCCAACGCCCAGGCCACUUGCCUAGGCCAUGCAGUAUCAGUGCACGGUACCAUGUCGUGCUCAUCAGCAACAGCUCACGACACCAUAUAGUACCUACCAGCAGGCCAAUGCAUGGCACCAUACCAUGCCCAUAAGCAAGUCAUGCACAACACCGUGUUGUGCCUACCAGCAGCCAUGAGCCAAACCAAACCAGUCGUGGGCCAUGAUUCACACUAGGCCAUCCAUGGGCCAUUAUAUGUCACGAACCACCAUGGCCCAUGUAAGUAUAUUUUAUUGCUUUCAUUUAUUUUUAAUUAUUUUUCAAGGGACCUUUUGAUAGUUUCCACUUUGUAAUCUAUAUAAAUGGGACCCUUAGUCAUUUCUUUUAUAUCUUUUGACAAUUUCCUAGAAGAUGGCUACUUUGUUCUUGUUCUUAUUUUCAAUGCUUAUGCACUUGGGCUACUUGGGUGCAAUCUGUAAAUCCCAAGUAGAAGAUCACUACCUUGCAAUAUGUGAAUAUGUGAAAUUCAUUUUAUCCAAUAUAUGAGAUGUUUCCUUUCAACAUUGUGCAAUUCGUGAAA